AUGGGCUCCGCUCCGCAGGGAGGGACGCUGCUGCUGCCCCGCUUGGCCUCGGUCGUGACGCUGGAGGACGUCACGGUCUAUUUUUCCCCGGAAGAGUGGGAGGAACUCGAGGAAUGGCAGCGGCAGCUUCACCGGGACGUCAUGCAGGAGAACUACGAACUGAUCACCUCGCUGGCAGGCUGCGAUAUCAAGGUAAAGGAGGAAGAGGAGGGCGGGGCCUGCCACAGUGAGGAAGACAUCCGGGGGUUCUUCUUAGAGACGCUUCUCCUCCAGGGCCUGAAGAUAGAUGGGGGCAGGGUGCCCCAGCAACCCAGAAGGCCAAAUGGGUCCCUGGCGGAGCCGGGCGCGGGCUGGGCGAGGCCGGCGCUGCAGCGUGGGGCUGGUGGGGCGCCGGGGGCGGAGCCGUGUCCUCUCACCUGCCUGGACUGCGGGAAACGCUUCAAGAGCAAAGCGGCCCGCUUGACGCACCAGCGCAUCCACACGGGCGAGCGGCCCUUCACCUGCGGCGAGUGCGGGCGCUGCUUCACCCAGAGGCAGCACCUGGGCACCCACCUCCGGGUGCACGGCGGGGAACGCCCGUUUGCCUGCGGCCAGUGCGGCAGCACCUUCCGCCUGCAGAAGCUGCUGCUGACGCACCAGCGCAAGGCCCACUCGGGGGAGCCGCCCUUGGCGUGCGCCGACUGCGGCAAGCUCUUCAACCACAAGCACCACCUGAUGACCCACCGGCGGGUGCACACGGGCGAGCGCCCCUUCCCCUGCCCCGACUGUGGCAAGAGCUUCACCCAGAAGCACCACCUGCAGACCCACCGGCGGGGCCACUCGGGGGACCGGCCCUUCCCCUGCCCGGAGUGCGGGAAGACCUUCAAGGACCGGGCCGGCGUGCUCAUGCACCAGAUCGUGCACACGGGCGCCAAGCCCUACGCCUGCCAGAGCUGCACCAAGAUCUUCAGCCACAAGCACCACCUGGUGAUCCACCAGCGGGUCCACACGGGCGAGAAGCCCUUCUCCUGCGAGGUGUGCCGGAAGCGCUUCACCCAGAAGCACCACCUGCUGAGCCACGCCCGCAUCCACACGGGCGAGCGCCCCUACCGCUGCGAGGCGUGUCCCCGGAGCUUCAAGGACAGGAUCACCCUCAAGCUGCACGUGCGGCUCCACACGGGGGAGAAGCCCUUUGCCUGCGCCCGCUGCGGGGAGCGCUUCAGGCUGCGGAAGGCCCUGCUCUCCCACCACCGUACGCACGACGCCCCCACCCAGCUCAUCUGCACUGAGUGUGGGGACAGCUUCCCGCGCAUGCGCAGCCUGGCUGCCCAUAGGCGGCGGGCGCACCCCUCUGCGCCCAAGGAAACGGCCGGCCGGCCUGAAUCGGCCAGCAAACAGCAGGAGGCUGGCGAGAGGGUCCAAGCAGGGGAAGAGGAGGAGGCUGGGCCUCCGUCGCCCCACCUGGAAAGUGGAGGAGCAGCCCAGACAGGCGAGGGGACCGGCCUGGGACCUGCUCUGGACCCCCGGGGUCCGCCAGCUGCAAAGAUGCCAACGCCGUGAAUCCGACCGCGCCAACGUCGCUCGACUGGAUUCCCAUGUUUUUCUCCUUGGCCUUUGGGUUCAGGAGGCUUCAAGAGACGCAUCCGUUUCAGGUUUUCCCCAUAGAAACUGGAGAUUUUCUGGCCUCUCGCUUCACUGUAUUGGGCUGCCUGGUUAUUGUGGAACUCACCAAAUUGAUUACAACGGAGAGACGGAGACCCCCCCCCCUUUACGGGUCCCAGCGUAUCUGCCCAGGUGCGCCAAGAUUCUCAGUAAGAGCCAACACAGUUUCCAGGGCGGAGGACAGAGACGCUGGGGCUGCCCGUCGCCAGCUGGGAUGGAGUCCUCUCGCGGUCCAGCGCCCUUUUCCAUCACUACUAAGAAGCAAGCCCGGAGCGUGUCCUCUUCCAGCUACAAAGGAGCUUUCUGUUGACUCGUGGGAAGUUAGGGAGCUUAAUUUGGGCCGGGCUUGGAUGGCCCAGGCUCCAGAGAGGCCAGCAGAGAACCUGAUACCGAGGGUCUCACACGCGCGGGCAGCCCUGUCCUCUACCAGCUGUCUAAUUCACGUUCCUUCCCUGCGGGCUGAGGGCCAAACUGUGUGCUAGGUUACAUACAUAGAGCGUGCAGCUCAUCCUCGCUCUUUUAUUUACUUCCAUGUAAACGUGUGAGCCCCCAGUCUGAAUUGGGACCAUUGUGCAUGGGAUGGGGCGGUCUAAACUUUCCCACCUGCUGCUCCCAUCCUUUAAAUUUACCACCACACACUUACUUAGGGGCUAGAAAUGCGGUGUGUGUGUGUGU